AUGUUCUCCAAAGUGAUCUUUGUUGCUCUGCUGGCCGUGGUUGCCGUGUCCGCGAAGCCGCUGGUGCCACUGGCAUACACCACAGCUGCUGCUGCUGCUGCUGCCCCGUACGUAGCUGCUGCUCCCUACUUUGCUGCUUCGCCCUACGCGGCGCCCUAUACCGCUCUGCCAGCUGCUGCUGCUGCUGCUUAUGCGGCUCCAUUGACCGCUGCCUACACUUCGGCCCUUCCGUACGCAGCAGGAUACCCCUAUGCUGCCCCUUAUACCUCUUUCGUCCUGUAA